AUGCACGCGCUUCUGGUCCUCUGUCUGCUCCUUGUUCCAUCCGCCUACGGCAGCACCGCCACUACCUUCUUUUACAACAAAACCAAUGCUACUCUGGUCCUCGACUACUACAGCAACGCGUUCGGCAGCUUCACCCAAUCGCCGCCCUCUCAAGUUGGACCGUACAGCUCGGGGAACUGGUCGAUGUCAGGCUCCCUCGUGCACAACCUCGGCUGGAUGGAGUACGAUGUGUACUGGAAGUCACCCACCUUCCAGGGCUGUGUCGAUGUCAGCUAUCUCUGGGACCUCGUCUUCGGUGUCUGCAAUUCCGGCUUUGCGACGUGCGCCGAUCAAGUCGGCGAGCUGGCUGUUCUCUCCUACGGCCUCAAUCUAACGGUGGCGGGCAAUGCCUUCUACCGCAACGAGGGCGGCAUCGAGGUCCAGUACCUGGAGGCCAUGCCCGUCUGCGCGUUGGCGUUUCUCAACAACACGUUUGUCGACAAUCGAGGCACUGCCGUGACGCUGACCAUCGCCGACCUGCCGCACUCCUCGGUCCUCUUUCGGAAUAACAUCAUCACCGGCUCAACCGCGCUCCUGCUCGGCGCCGUGCUCAGCCUGCAAUUGGAUGGCGACCUUGAUUUUGCUAACAAUCGAAUUGCCUUCAACGAUGGCAGCGUCGCCCUCACCAUCGAUGGCAAGAACGUGACUGCGCGGAUCGCGGACAACGUGUUUCUUUCGAACCGAGCCUCGGGUCUCCAGGUGGACUCUUCCGUCUCUCCGUUCAACUUGCUACUCCGAGGCAACACUUUUGCCAACAACACCGCGGGCCGCAACACCUACUACAGCGGAGGGGCUCUGCUCUGGAUCGCUGGCGCUGUCAAAGCAGUGUUCGAGGCCAACUUGUUUCUCGGUAACUCUGCGACUCAAGACGGUGGAGCGGUGAGCAUCACGCAGUCCUGCUUGGGCAAUGCCACCAACAGUUUCUUCUUCAACAAUGAUCUGUUCCAAGACAAUCGCGUGAGCAGUGGAAUGGGCGGAGCGGCUUCCAUCACGUCCUGUCCCGACAUCGCGGUCUUCAUGUCCGGCUUCAACUCAGAUUCGAGCAUGGUCUACAACCGCACUUGGGACUACCGCACCCACGCCGGAUUUCAAAAUGUUUCCUUUCAGCGGAACGAGGCACGAUGUGCGCAGUGCCAGGGCGGAGCAUUACACCUCGUGUUUGGAACUGUCACGGCGAAGCACUGCCGCUUCUCCGAAAACCAGGCUGGCAGCGGCGGGGCUAUCACCGUGGAGGGAGAGUCGACCUCCCUCUCCAUACACAAAAGCGUGUUUACCCGCAACCGCGCGUCGGCGCAGGGGGGCGACGUCGACUUUGAAUCUGGCGGGACUUUCCUGCUGCACAACGUCUCGACCGAGGUGGAGGACCGGACCAUUCCUUGUCGUAGCGUCUAUUUGGACCUGGAGUCGUCGCCGUUCGUCAUCCAAGCGAUGCCAUGGGGUAAGGUAUGGGCGCUCUCCCUCCUCAAGACCUGCCUGCGCUGUGCCAGCGGGCUAUAUGCCGUGGCCGGAGCGAAUUUACGCGGUCUCGAGUUGCGCAACACUUCUUGCCUGCCGUGCCCCGGUGCAGCCGACUGCUCUCGUGGUGGAGCCGACGUCUACACGCGGCCGGGCUUCUGGUGUGCGCCCACCAGCAGGAGCCCCGCCAAUGUGUUGGAGUGCCGGACGUGCCCCGAUGGCUACUGCGAGACCAACGAGCCGAAGCCGUGGCACCUGGCCUGCGUGUCCAACCGACGUGGGACGCUCUGCGGUGAAUGCCGCGCGGGCCACGGCGAAGCCUUUGGAUCUGAGGACUGUGUCCCCAAUACCAACUGUGUCCCAGCGUCGGGCUGGAUGCUUCCGGCGCUGCUCGGCAUAGGCAUGUGCUACGUGAUGCUCGUGCUGUGGCUGCCUGUCAACCACCACCCGCUGUGGAAGUCGAUCACCUACUUUAUGCAGACGGCGCCGCUGGUGUCUUCGCCCAACAACGUGCUGAUGCGUGUGCCGUGGGAUGGCGCGCUGCGGCUCUUUCGAGCGGGCUACGUCACAUGCUACGCCGAGUGGCAGUACCCGCUGUUUGUACUGCUGGGCGGCUUCCUCGUGCCGUUCCCGCUCCUGCUCGUGCUCCUCCGCCGGUGGCUCAGCAGCCGGCAGCGCCGCCUGGGCAGCAGCGCCGCGGGCUGGGCUGUGCUCCACGUGCUCGAGGGUCCUUACGCUCGGGGCCGCACCUGGUGGGAGAGCGUGGGCAUGCUGCGCCGGCUUGCGCUGCUGGCUGUCGCCACCUUCGUGCCCGACCCAAUGUGGCGCGCUCUGGGCCUCGCCGCUGGCUGCUUCGUCGUGCUCCUGUCGCACGCCUACCUCCGGCCCUACGCCGACCGAUACUAUGGGUGGGCCGAGACGCUCUUCCUGUGCGAUCUGACGCUGGUCGCCGGGCUCCAGAUCCCGCAGGCAACCUUUGCGGGCCUGGGAGAGCCGUUCGAUGGCGCCGCCGCCGAGGCCGUCUCCUACCUGCAGGAGGCGCUGGCCCUGCUGCCGCUGGUAUUUUGCGCCUACGUGCUCGUGCGCCUGUACGGUCCGCCGCUCCUCGACUGGCUCUGGCGCAAGAGGUGCACCGUCUUCCGGGGCGGCGAGGACACACGCCAGGACGACACGGACGCAGGCGACCGAGAAGGGCGCAACAAGCCCCACCGCCUCCACAGUGCAGAUGACGACGAGGAGGACAGGCUCCUGUCAGCCGAAGCAGAGGAUGCAGAGGAGGAAGACGAGGGGUUGAUGCAUUACACCAACGAGGACAGCCCAAGCCUGGCGAAACAGACUGAACUACAAGUGGGGCGCUUCUCGCAGUUCCUUGAUGCGCCAUCCGAGCAGGCACAAUGA